AUGAAUAAAAAACUAUUUGCUUUUAUAGCAAUUUUAUGCUUCUUAGAAGUUGCUCUCACUUAUAAUCCAUGUGAAAUUUGUAAAUAUAGCCCUACUGGCGAUGACGCAAAUGGCGCAUGUGUCAGCUGCCCUCCUGGAGAAUGUACCACUGCAACUGGAAUUGCUGGAUCUAGUCCUAGUGUAUGUACUACUAAAGCAUGUGUUUAAGGAUAUUAUAGCGCAACAGGUUUUGAUACAGACGGAGCUGGAAGUGGAUGUGUUGCUUGUACUUCUGGUACAUCAACUCCUAGUACUUAAACUGUAGGAAUAUCAUAAUCUGUUUGUACUGUUACUCUUAAGGCAUGUGCUAAAGGUAGUUUUUCUGCCUCAGGAUUCGAUACAGAUGGAGCUGGAGCUGGAUGUACUGCUUGUACUGCUGGUACAUCAACUCCUAAUACUUAAACUGUAGGAACAGCUUAAUCUAUUUGUACUGUUACUCUUAAGGCAUGUGCUAAAGGUAGUUUUUCUGCCUCAGGAUUUGAUACAGACGGAGCUGGAACUGGAUGUACUGCUUGUACUGCUGGUACAUCAACUCCUAAUACUUAAACUGCAGGAACAGCUUAAUCCAUUUGUACUGUUACUCUUAAGGCAUGUGCUAAAGGUAGCUUUUCUGCCUCAGGAUUUGAUACAGACGGAGCUGGAACUGGAUGUACAGCUUGUACUGCUGGAACAUCAACUCCUAACACUUAAACUGUAGGAACAGGCUAAUCUGUUUGUAGUGUUACUCUUAAGGCAUGUGCUGCUGGAUCAUAUAGUGCUUCAGGUUUAGAUACAGACGGUAAUGGAGCAGGUUGUACUCAAUGUGCAGCUAAUACUUACUCUGCUUAAAGUGCUACUUCUUGUACUUCUUGCACUAAUAAUCGUACCUCUCCAGCUGGAUCUACUGCUGUCACUGCUUGCGUAUGUCCAUCAGGAACAACUGGUUCUACAGAUGGUGUUAGUACAUGUUCUGAUAAUACUACUAGUGGUUAAAAAAUCACUGUUUUUGUAUCUCUCAUUUUUAUUUUAAUGUCUUUAUUCUGA